AGCUGAGUUUCAGAGGAUGAGGGGCACAGCGCUGCUGCUGGCCUUGCUGGCUGUCCUGGUUGCAGCAGGAGAAGGAAGAGGUGAGGGAAAGACUGUGAAGCUCUGCGGGAGGGACUUCGUCCGCGCUGUUGUCUUCACCUGCGGCGGCUCUCGGUGGAAAAGGCACCUGACUGAUUAUCAUUACCUGUUUGAGGGUGACAAUCCCCUGCCUUUCUCACAAGACAACAACUCCUUGACAUCCACAGAGCAGAGGCUGGAGACAGAGAACAAAGACCUGAGGCCUGAGAUGGAGAGCAAACCGUCUGUGUUCAGAAAGCGUGAAGCAGCCAAGCUGCUGACCACAUCCUGCUGCAGCAUCGGCUGCAGUGAGAGAGAGAUCAGCUCCCUCUGCUAA